GGAGUGAACAGAAAGAAAAGGAAACCUACUACUUUGGUCUGGGAAGAGCCCCUGGCCCCACUUUACUGAGAUUGUUGCUAUGUGUUGUACCGGUUGAGAGAUGGAUGUUCAAGCUUUGCGCAACUUGAGUAGUUCGUCAGACUCUGUUUCCACACUGAACAGUGAAGAGUUUGUCCUUGUAUCUCAGCAAGCAGAAGACUCUUCUUCAAACGAUGAAGAGGAAGGUCCAACUCUAAAGAUAGCUUGCAAUGAGAGUGAGCAGCAGCUAGAGAAGGCGCUGGAGGAAGGUCAAAGAGAUGAAAUGAUGGCUGGGGCAGGAGCUGAGGAGGGACGCAGACUCCUGUUGAUACAAGGAACAUCCGUAAAACAGAAACGUCUGCAUUUAACUUUAACUUCUGCAGAGGAAGAACUCGUUGCACCUAAAGCUACGUCACCCAAUGCAGAGGAAGAGGAGAGUGUGCUAUUCAACAAGUUAACCUACCUGGGCUGCACAAAGGUGACUUCUCCUCGCAAUGAAGCAGAGGCUCUUCGUGCCAUGGCCAACCUCCGUGCCAGCUGCCGAGUUCCUAUUCACAUAACCCUGUAUGUGCCAAAUGUUGCAGAUGGAUCUGUAAGGAUAAUAGACCAGACUACGACCACUGAGAUAGCUGCGUUUCCAAUAUAUACAGUGUUAUUCUGUGUCCGAGGUGUUAAUGGGACUGCAGAAAGUAAUUGCUUUGCAUUUACUGAAAGUUACUGCAGUACAGAUGAGUUCCAACUUCACGUGUUCUGCUGUGAGAUCAAAGAAGCAGCCAGCCGCAUUCUGUACAGUUUUGCCACUGCUUUUCGUCGAUCUUCUAAACAAACGACAAAAGUGAAAGAUAUGUGCGGUGCCAGUCCUGAGAGUGACAGCUACAACUUCACUGUCUCUCUUGAAGUGAAGGAGGAUGAUGGAAAAGGCAAUUUCAGACUUUGUAGCGGUUGGUUGGAAAGAAAAGAUCGCGCAGGUAUUGGUGACACGAUGUAUGAAGUGGUGUCCUUGCAAAAACAGUCUGAGAGAGAUGGGACUGCUCCUGCUUCAACCGGCUUUAUGCUGUACCAUGGGAGACAAGCCAGUGUGACCCUCUCCCCCCAGGAUGAUAAGGAUGAUGAAGAAAGUGAUAAUGAACUGUCGAGUGGCACUGGGGACGUUUCCAAGGACUGCCCGGAGAAAAUUCUGGAAUCGUGGGGGGAGUUGCUGCACAGAUGGUGA